GUCCAGCGCCAUGGCGAACCGCGUCGGCGAGUCGUCGUCCUCGUCGUCGAGCGCCAGCGGCGCCGGGAAGGACUCGGGCAGCUUCGAGUGCAACAUCUGCCUCGAGCUGGCCCAGGACCCCGUGGUGACCCUGUGCGGCCACCUCUUCUGCUGGCCGUGCCUCUACGAGUGGCUCCACGUCCACGCGCACUUCCCCGAGUGCCCCGUUUGCAAGGCCAAUGUCGAGGAGGACAGGCUCGUCCCCCUCUACGGCCGUGGCAAGACCUCCGCCGAACCGCGGCCGAGCUCGUCUGAGGGGCCGCAGAUCCCGAGCAGACCGUCCGGGCAGCGGCGCGCCACUGCUCCGCCGCCUGAUCACCGUGACCAUUACCCGCACCCGAACCAAAACCCGUGGUUCCCUGGUGCAGGCGCCAUGGCCGGCGGUCGGUGGGGGAAUUACACAUUCUCCGCCGCGAUCGGGGGGCUGUUCCCUCUGCUGAACUUCCAGGUGCACGGGUUCCCGCCGGCGUAUGGACCCGCUGCCGGGAUUCCUUACGGGUACGGGCAUGACUUCCAUGGGUGGCACGGGCAUGGCUUCCCGCCCCAGGCGCCGCAGGGCCAGCAGGUCGAUGUCUACUUGAAGAUGCUGCUGGUCCUCGUCGGUGUGCUUGUCAUCGCUAGCUUAAUUGCAUUUUAGAUUAUGUGUUGUGGAGGGCCGUGUUGGUGUGCUUGCAUUUCAAUCUGAGUGCAUCGUAGGUAGCUGAGCUCCCAUGGUUAUGGUUUGAUCAGUGUGGAGAGCAGUAGAAUGACCAAAUUUCCAUUGUGUAAUAACCUGUAAUUGCCACUGUGUGGUGUCCCCAGUGAAUUUGAUCGGUGCAUUAUUUAUGCAUUUACAUU